UGAUCGUGAAUGCAGCACAGUACUUUUUUUUCACAUCCAGUUAUUACAUGCUCUCCCGGAAUGAUUAAUGUCGUUCUUAAGGCAGUGAGGAACACCCGGUACUAAUAGAAAAAGUCCAUUCAAAUUCGUUGCCAUAAGUCUAGACAUGCCCGAUUCCUUAUCAAGUGAACCUGGUUCGAAGGUUUUGGACCCACAACAUUCCCAAAAGCUCCUCCGAGUCCUCCGCUUGUUCUGGCAGGAGCAAAGUUUCCAUGAUGCGCUGCUGGUGGUGGAUGGCGAGGAGCUUCCUGUCCAGAAGAACAUCCUGGCUGCUGCCAGCCCUUAUGUCAGGACCAAGCUGAACUACAAUCCUCCAAAGGAAGAUGGGUCCACAUACAGAAUUGAGCUGCAGGGUGUCUCCAUGCCCAUCAUGAAACAGAUCCUGGACUACAUUUUCAGCGGGGAAAUCACUCUGAAUGAAGAGACCAUCCAGGACAUGGUUCAGGCAUCUGACCUGCUCCUCCUGACUGACCUGAAGGCCCUGUGCUGCCAGUUCCUAGAGAGCUGCAUCACUGCAGAGAACUGCCUCGGAAUCCGUCUCUUUUCUCUGCACUACUGCCUUUACCAUGUCCACUUUGUCGCCACUGAGUUCCUGCAGACACAUUUUGGCGAUGUGGCCCGCACUGAGGAGUUCAGGGAGUUGCCCCCGGACCGCCUCUGUGAGGUGCUGGCCAUGGAGAAACUGAAUGUGGGCAACGAAAGGCACGUCCUGGAGGCUGUGGUGCGAUGGUACGGACACGACUCAGAGGAUCGCAAGGUACACAUGAAGCAAGUGAUGUCCGCAGUGUGGCAGCAAGGGCUAGAUGCGAGCUACCUGAGAGAGCAGGCCAUGGGAGAGCCGCUGAUGAGGGAGGUGAUCAGAGAGUACUGCUCUCAGGUGCUGGGCGACCCCCCCCUGCAGGGGGAGGCUCUGCUUGCCGCCUUCAAACCCAGAGGUUACUCAGAAUGUAUUGUCAUAGCUGGAGGAGAGGAUCGCAACAUGCUACUCCCUGAUGGAUUUGUCCCGAACAGAAGCAGGAAGCCGACCUCUGAGACGCGCUGCAUGUGUCCGCUCUACGACUCCAGCAGACAAGCCUGGAUCCAGCUGCAGCCCAUGAGUGUCCCCCGCCUCGGCCACGGGGUCGUCACUGCCGAGGGUUUUCUGUUUGUGAUGGGCGGAACGGAUGAACACAACACAGUUCUAGACAGUGGAGAGAAAUAUGACCCUGACACCAACACCUGGAGCCCCAUACCCCCGAUGCUGCAGUCCCGUCAGAACUUUGGCGUGGUGGAGCUGGAUGGUCUGAUCUACGUCCUCGGAGGAGAGACCAAAGAAACAGAGCUGACCACUGUGGAGGUGUUCGACCCUCACUGCAGUGCCUGGAAAAUGCAGACCAGUAUGACCAUGAUCCGCAAGGUGGGCUGCUACGCCUCCAUGAAUAAGAAGAUCUAUGCCAUAGGUGGGGGCUCCUAUGGGAAGCUGUUUGACUCUGUUGAAUGCUACGACCCGAAAACCCUGCAGUGGACGGGCCUCUGUCCUCUGAAAGAGAGAAGGUUCGGGUCGGUGGCGUGUGGCGUUGGCCGGGAGCUCUACGUGUUUGGUGGAGUGAGAAGCAAAGAGCAAGAAAACCCAGAGCAAAGGCAGAUGAUGACCUGCAAAUCUGAGUUCUACCACGACGAAAUGAGGAGGUGGAUGUUCCUGGAUGAUCAGACCCUGUGUAUCCAGACCAGCUCCUCCUUCGUUUAUGGCGCCGUCCCCAUCGGAGCCAGCAUCUAUGUGGUGGGAGACCUGGACACCGGAACAAGUUUCGAUUACAUCAGGGAGUUUCGCCGCAGUACUGGGACGUGGCAUCGCACCAGACCCAUGUUACCCAGCGACCUCUCCAAAACAGUGUGCGCAGCCCUGCGCAUCGCCAACUGUCGACUAUUCCGCCUGCAGUGGAGCCAGGGCAUGUUCCGCGUCAGAGUGUGACGAGGGAACCGCACGCUGCCCUGUGGGGGCUCCUGUCUGCCUGCUGUACGUCUGGGUCUGGGGGUUGUAAGAAAACUAAAGUAUUAUGUUGGCUAGAGUUGAGGGUUGUGACUCUCAGUUCAUGGGCUUAUUCCAGAAUGAGACACAAGAUACAAGUUCAUCAUUUUAACAUCAGAGGUUGUUUUAUUAACCUUAAUAUUUGUUGCAUUUUAGUGUUAGAAUAUUGCUUCAUAUUGUAACAUUCCUCAAUUGUAAUGUUAACAGGUGAACUGUUGCUUGGUGAGAGAUCAAAACUGCAAAGAAAUUAUUGAUAAACUGCUACUUUUUUACACAAGGGACAUUUUAAAAGCACUGCUGUGUUACAAUUUGAGUUUUAGGAUAUAUUAUGUAUUUUAGUCUUGUAUUGUCCUCUGGUCAAUCAUGAACAAACAAAAUCAUUUGUCCUAAUAUGUGUUACAGCUGCAGUGGAGGUAUACAUGCUAUAGUAAUGUAAGAGAGACUUUGGUGUGGGUCCCUGACAGUCAGCGAGAACUGUGGUCUUCUACAUAAAAUAACAAGAUAUUGUGGGUUCAUAGCAUGUCACCCUUUGGGAGUGGGCUCUAAUAAAAUGUUGGUCGCAA